UUUUCAAUUUUCGCUGGCGCUCUCUUUUCUCUUUAGUCUUGUUCUACCUCUGACCGGGAAAAACAACACUAAAUUCCACUCAACCCUAGUUUCUCUCUCCUCUUUCUCUCUCUCUAGAAUCUCAACAAUGGCGUUCGCUUCUUUCCUCGGAAGAGUCCUCUUCGCCUCCGUCUUCAUCCUCUCUGCUUACCAAGAAUUUCAUGACUAUGGAGUUGAUGGGGGACCUGCAGCAAAAGCAAUCAGACCGAAGUUUGAUGCCUUUAUAACUAAAGUUGAUUCACAUGUUGGCUUCCAACUUCCAGAAAUUGAUAUAAAAUUUUUAGUUGCUGGAGCUAUUGCUCUCAAGGGUGUUGGAGGGAUUCUUUUCAUACUCGGCAGUUCGCUUGGAGCUACACUUCUGCUUUUGCAUCAGUUGAUUACCGCUCCAAUAUUGUAUGAUUUUUAUAAUUACGAUACAGAGGACAGAGAAUAUAUUCAACUGUUCAUCAAGUUUACCCAGAAUUUGGCUCUCUUCGGGGCUUUAUUGUUUUUUAUUGGGAUGAAGAACUCAAUUCCUAGAAGGCAACCCAAGAAGAAGGUUCCCAAAACAAAAACCUACUAGCAGCCGUAAUUUAAGGUCUCAUUUUGCAAGAAGGUUCGCUGGUUGUUCAAUGUUCAGAAUUCCUAUUCCCAGAUUUCCCAGGAACUAUCUUGAGUGUUUGUCUGGCACAGCACAAAUCUCCCAUCCGACAAGUAUUGUAGGUGUAGCAUUAGUCUCAUGGAUUACACAUAAUUUAUGUAUGCAUAUAUUGUUCUAUUGUUUGACAUUGUGAAUUAUCUUUCAAUUGCUAAACUUGUCCACCGAGAGGGGUUAAAAUGCAUGAUUAGAGCCUGUUUGCUCGAACUUAAGAGAGUGCUGAUUUCAUUUUUUUAAUGGUCUUAAAAGUGUGGACGUUGAAAAUUGCUGCUUUGCCAGCAUAUAAUUCUGUGUUCCUUUUCA